AUACUUGCCACAGACUAGACUAGUGUGAGCCAAGAAUCGCUCGAGUGUAAAUCAUGAAUGAUAUCAUGAUCACGGUCACCUUGAUUUGCCUAGCGGUGGCAGCUUCAUUUGCCGAUCCACUUUUAGUUGAACUACCAAAUGGAAAACUACGUGGGCGCGAUAACGAGGGGUAUUACAGCUACGAGUCGAUACCCUAUGCGGAGCCACCUGUGGGUAAGCUACGCCUCGAGGCCCCACAGCCAUACUCCCAGCAGUGGAAGGACGUCUUCGAUGGCAGCAGGCCGCCCGUGCUCUGCAUGCAAUGGAAUCAGUUUGUCGACGGGGAAGACAAGCUAAUAGGAACGGAGGAUUGCCUCACGGUUAACGUGUACAAGCCGAAAAACUCGAGUCGUAGCACUUUUCCUGUUCUGGUCAAUAUUCAUGGCGGCGCCUUCAUGUUUGGCGGACCUGUUCAGCACGGCCACGAUCCCAUUAUGGUCAGGGGAAAUGCUAUAGUGGUGAAGAUCGCCUAUCGACUCGGUCCGCUUGGUUUCUUAAGCGCCAAAGACGCUGCAUUGUCUGGCAACUUUGGACUGAAGGAUCAGCGCUUGGCUCUGCGCUGGAUCAAACAAAACAUUGCCCGCUUCGGUGGAGAUCCGGAAAAUAUACUCGUGCUGGGUCACUCAGCUGGCGGUGCCUCCGUGCAUCUGCAGCUACUGCAAGAGGAGUUUAGCCAGCUGGCAAAGACGGCUUUUUCAAUUAGUGGAAAUGCACUCGAUCCAUGGGUGGUGCAGCCAGGUGCACGUCGACGCGCCUUCGAUUUGGGCCGCAUUGUGGGCUGCGGCUUGCUAAGUGACUCUGUUGAGCUCAAAAAGUGCCUUCAGUCGAAGGAUGCGUCGCAAAUAGUCACCGCUGUGCGUCAGUUCCUCGUCAUUGAUUAUGUACCAUUUACUCCCUUCGGCCCUGUGAUAGAGUCCGUCGAUGCAGUUGAACCUUUCCUCACUCAGCACCCCGUUGACAUUAUCAAGAGUGGAAAGUUUGCCCAAUUGCCUUGGUUAGUAUCAUACACCCAGGAGGAUGGCACUUACAAUGCUGCUCUUCUGGCGCAACAAUCCAAUGGAAGAGAGCUGAUUGAGGAGCUGAACAGUCGCUGGUACGAGUUAGCACCCCAUUUCCUGUUUUAUCGUGACUCUAAGAAAACAAUUGAGGAAAUGGACGACUACUCGCGGGAUUUGAGGCAAGAAUAUCUGGGCAAUCGAAACUUCAGCUUGGGGAGCUACUUGGAUGUGCAGCGGAUAUUUACGGAUGUGCUGUUCAGAAAUGACACCAUACGCUCUAUAGAGCUGCAUGCUAAGUAUGGAAAGAGUCCAGUUUAUGGCUAUGUCUAUGAUAAUCCCCCUGUUCGGGGCAGUGCUCAACAGCUAGCUAAGCGGGAUGAUAUUUAUUUUGGCACAGGACAUGGCGAUGAUUAUGUGCUCAUAUUCGACAAGCCAAACACUCAACUCCGUGCUGACGAGAAGAUCAUUUCCAAGAAUUUAAUAAGCAUGCUGGAGGGAUUUGUACAAAGCGACACUGGAGCCUUGACCUAUGACAAGUGCGUGUUUCGAGAUAAUGUUGGCCAAAAUAUGCUCCAACUGCUUGACAUCAAGAGCAACAGCUGCGAAAAUAUGGAACUAAAUAUUUUCCAAUAGACAGCAAAAGUUUUAUAUUUAAUAGUUGUUCGAUCGAUUUGUAGCGUUAAAUGCAAACAAAUGCUGAUAAAUAGAAUAAUCUGUUCUGUUCUACUUAUUCUUAUACCCUGAACUCAUGAAAACUGGGUAUAAUGUUUUUGUGCAAAUUUUUGUGACAGGCAGAAGAACGACAUGAGAGUAAAUCUAUAACAAGUCGAACUGAA